AUGCACGUCAAACACAUUGCCACCUCUACUGUGGCCCUCGUGCCAUGGGAUCCACUCUCCCCUGAACACAUCGACCGUCUCACCCAGCAGCGCAUUGACUGUGGUUGGCAUAUUGACAAACCCUCCGGGGCAUGGAAGGAGGCCCAACAGGGAGGGAUCAAAUGUAUUUACUGGCUGCAAAGCGAUCCUCUUUUAGACACCUGUACUACGCUCCGGGGCCUCACUCUACAGCCGUCAGGAAACGAGUUCUUCCCGAUCGGCCAUAUUGCAUUGGAUAUUUCAUAUCAUGAAGCCGAUGGUUUCAACCUUGACUUGCCUGAGGACUCAACACUAUGGAUCAAAAGUCUUUUCAUUUCAAAGGCUCUGCGGUCCAGCGGCAUCGGUAGAGCAGCCAUGGAUAAACUAGAAGGCAUGGCUACGUCACCGCCGCUAUCUGCCACAACGCUCAUGCUGGACACUCUGCUCAAAGACGAUCAGAUCAAAUUUCAAAAUCCAAAGGUUGCCAACCAGGAUUGGUAUGCAAGGAGAGGGUAUCGCCUCGUACAUACUGAGCCAGGAUUUUAUGAAGAUGAGAAACAGUUCCAGGGUGCUAUUCCUCGUACUGUGUUCAUGCGCAAAGACCUGUAA